AUGGCUCCCCCGCCGUCGGCCGACAUGCCUCUUCCCCAGAGGCUGCAAAAACUGGCCUCGACCUUGCAGUUUGCUUGGUUCGCUGGUCACGCCGUUCUUAUCCUCUGCAUCACCAGAUAUGCCUUCUCAUGGAUACGAUUUAACUACUACGGUGGCAUGGCCUCGUUCUGCUAUCGGUCUGCCUUCGUUGCCGCGGCUAGCACAUACGGCAUCGUGGUGUACAAGACAUGGCGGGCUCGCCAAAAGACGGGCGCCAAGCAGCCCGGCGGUGCCUUGGGUUAUCUCUCGGAUGAGAACGUGCAAUACCUCUUGAUGGCCCUCGUCUGGCUCUUUAUGCCCCAGUACCCUCUUGCGCUCCUCCCGUACGGCAUCUACUCGAUCUUUCACGUCGCCACAUACACCCGUGCCAACGUUAUCCCAACCAUUGCUCCUCCCCAGAAGCUGGUUCCAGGUGCUGCCGCUUCCCCCAACGGCAAGCCCCAGUAUGCGCCCCACCCCAUGGCUGAUGCCAUCGGCAGCUUCGUCAAGAAGUACUACGAUUCCUCUAUGUCGGUUGUUGCCAGCCUCGAGAUUGCUCUUUGGGCUCGUAUCCUCCUGUCUGCCCUCUUCUUCCAGCGCCGUUCGUGGAUCCUGAUCGCUGUCUACACCGCUUUCCUUCGCGCGCGCUACGCUCAGAGCAGCCAUGUCAAGAACUCGUUUGCCCAGCUUGAGGCGCGCGUUGACAACCUGAUUGGUGCUCAGGGUACUCCCCCUGUGGCUCGCCAGGCUUGGGAUACUGUCAAGGGUGUCGCGAGGCAGUUUCACGGCGCGACUGACGUCAACAAGUAUGUCAACGGCGCUGCUGCUCCUAAGAAGUCAUCUUGA